CUUCUACAGUGGUUCGAUCGAAGUAAUUGCUUAGAAUGACACCGAAUGAUAACAUACGAUGAGUUUAAUAUGAGUUAACAUGGCUCAGGAAUUGGUUGGGUAAUCGUAAGAUAUCAUCGAUGGGCCCGGACUGUCGUCCGAAAAUGGGUUUUGUUCACACAGCCCGGCCCAGUACUCGAGAAAGGAGAUGGGCUUGAGAGAAUUCAGCUUUGCCAAGAAAAGAGCUUUGGUUAUCAAUGGCGGAAAAGAAUGCGCGAAUGAGAGGUCGAAGCACGGAGGUUGGUUCUUGGGUUUAUUGGAGGUUUUGGUGGCUUUCGCGAUUUCAUCCCAACUUCGUCUCUUUACUUCGGGCUUUAUUUCGGAAUGAAGCUGAGGGCAAUGGGAUUCUUAAACCUGAAGAGUAAGUUCCGUGCUGAGAGGUGUUCAACGAAAUGCUUCAGAGGGCGAUGACGGCGAGGGGAGGAAGCUAUUCUUGUCUUGGUAGAUUGGGUCUUUGAAGUGGGAAAGGUCAUGAAUGUUUGUAGGUAGUCUGUUUUGUCGCACAUUUUCAUGAAUCUUUCUGCAAUUGCCAAACGCCAUUGCAGCUCGGGGACCUUCCUCAAUCUUGGUGUCCCCCAGAAACGCCCAGCUUCCAAGGUCACUGAGAUCGUCGAGUUCUGCAAAUCGGGGUCGCUUUACGAUGCUAUCCGACUCCUUAACUCCACCGGUUCUGCUGGGAUAAAAAACAAGCCGAUCGUCUAUGCUUCAAUCUUGCAAACCUGCAACAAAGCUCUUUCAUUUAACCUUGGCCUCCAAGUACACUGUCAUGUCAUCAAGUCCGGUCUCGAGACCGACCGGUUUGUCGGGAAUAGCCUGCUCACUCUAUACUUCAAGUUGGGUCCCGACUUCUCGGAGACUAGAAGAGUCUUCGAUGGCCUGUACUAUAAGGAUGUCAUUUCUUGGACUUCGAUGAUCUCAGGGUAUAUUCAGGUCGGGAAGUUCGAGGAGUCAAUCAAAAUAUUUUGGGACAUGGUGGGGUUGGAAAUUGAGCCCAAUGAUUUCACUUUAUCGGCAGUCAUCAAGGCUUGCUCUGAGCUUGGGAAACUGAGGCUCGGUUGGUGCUUCCACGGCAUCGUUCUUCGUCGCGGGUUUGAUUCUAAUCCCAUUAUUUCGAGUGCCCUCAUUGAUAUGUAUGGGAGGAAUUAUUGCUCCAAAGAAGCUCAGAGGCUGUUCGGCGAGUUGCUUGAACCCGAUGCUAUAUGUUGGACUUCCGUCAUCUCAGCAUUUACUAGAAAUGAUCAGUUCGAGGAAGCGCUAGGUUUCUUCUUCUUGAUGCAGAGGAAUCACAAGCUAAUCCCUGAUAGUUUCACAUUCGGGACGGUACUGACUGCCUGUGGGAAUCUCAGGAGGUUGAAGCAGGGCAAGCAGAUUCACUCCAAGGUCGUCCCGUCGGGACUCUCAGGAAAUGUGGUCGUCGAGAGCAGCCUUGUGGACAUGUAUGGGAAAUGCGGGUCCCUGAAUGAAGCUCAAGGCGUCUUUGAUCGGAUGGUCCACAAAAACUCCAUUUCGAGGUGUGCAUUGCUCGGGGGUUACUGUCAGAAUAAGAAGUUCAAGACAGUCCUUCAACUUUUCAGAGAAAUGGGUGAGAGAGAUAUUUAUAGCUUCGGGACGGUUCUUCGAGCUUGUGCAGGAAUUGCUGCAGUUAGGCAAGGGAAAGAGGUCCAUUGCCAGUACGUGAGGAGGGGAGGGUGGAGGUGCGUGAUCGUGGAAUCGGCUUUGGUUGAUCUCUAUGCAAAAAGCGGGUGUGUCAACUUGGCACACAGGAUGUUUGCUCAGAUGCCGAUUAGGAAUACAAUAACGUGGAACUCAAUGAUCUAUGGGUUUGCUCAGAAUGGAAGAGGAGACGAGGCUUUGAAGAUAUUUGAUAACAUGAUUAAAGAAGGUACCAAGCCUGACUACAUCAGCUUCAUCGGGGUCCUCUUUGCCUGCAGCCACACUGGUUUGGUAGACGAGGGGAGAAAGCACUUUGUCUCGAUGUCGGAGGAGUACAGGAUUAAGCCAGGAGUGGAGCAUUACAAUUGUAUGGUGGAUCUUCUCGGGCGGGCAGGCAUGAUCGAGGAAGCUGAAGAGUUGCUAGAGAAGGCAGAAUGCAGGAAAGACCCCUCUCUUUGGGCGGUUCUUCUGGGGGCGUGCUCGACGUGCACAGAGUCCAUGACUGCCGAGAGGAUCGCAAGGAAGGUGAUGGAGUUGGACCCAGAGAAUCACCUGAGUUAUGUCUUACUAGCUAAUGUCUAUAGGGCUGUUGGAAGGUGGAAUGAUGCUGAGGAGAUCAGGAGAUUGAUGGAUGAUCGGAGGGUCAAGAAAAUGCCCGGUAAGAGCUGGAUGUAAGUUUCCGAUCAGUCAGGAGACGGCAACUUUCUCACAUUCAUUUGUACUAAGCAUGAAUUUAGUCUAAUUAUACAAUUCGAAAUGCUCAGGGGCAAGAUUACCCGAUAA